AUGUCAGGAAUGAACCAGGUGGUUGUAACAUUCUGGACUUGCCUCCUGCUCUCUGCUUUCCUGUGUGAGCCGGUGCUUUCCAAAGGUGGUCGUGGAGGGUCCCGGGGCUCCUCUCGAGGCACCCACUCCCGCAGCUCCACAGCGGGGAGUCAGCGGGGAGGCGCCUACGGUGGGACCCGCUCCCGCAUCAGGGCGGCAGGGCGGUCGUCUCCGGUGAGGGUGGCAAGUGCAGCAGCGGCAGGGGCAGCAGUGGCGUUAUCAGCGGAUAAAUGGUACGCCUCAGCCUACCGCCGCAGCAACGUCGACAGCUCAGAUGAUGAGCUGGAUUACUACAACAGGACAAAUUACUUUGAUUCACUAAUGUCAGGCUCAACUCAAAAUGGAUCUUCUCUCUCUAAAGUGGUUUCUAUCAUUAUUGCAACAUUUUCCCCAAAAUAUGGACUCUUGCUGGACAGUAUACUGUAGAUGUUAAGCAUUUAUUUUCUAGGAUAAAUUCCUGAUUCAGUCUAGGACUGAGCUUCUGCCCUGGAUCUGAAUAUAAUGUGCAGGACUCGCUGGAACCUGCUCUGAGAAGAUCAGUUAGAGGUGCAACACAGUGGUGGAAGGACACAAUUAAAAAUAUAUAUAUCACUGUACUGUAUAUUUUUACACAUAUAAUCAUCCAUACCAACAGACAAAUGUAACCAACACAGUAUUUAAUGUGACCUUUCACCUUUAAUGUGCACCUUUGUCAAAUCUGUCAGUGUGUGUGAUAUAAACUGGGUCCCAACUAUGUUAAAUAUAAUUAGUUUCCUUCCCUAAAGUUUGAUUCCUAGAUCUAAUUGUGAAAAUGUUUUAUCAAAAAAAAUCAAUAACCUUCUUAAGGAGUGUAAUGAAACCACAGGCUGCCAAUUUAAAUAAUACUACCAAACCAAAUUGUAUGUUAAAAAUCUGCAAAGUUAAUGACCAGCAUCGCUGCUCUUUUAUGUAUAACACUGAAGUCAUUCCAAGUCAAAGUUGGCACCAGCAUUAAUCUGCCCCUGAAAUUAUUUUUUUAAAACUUCUUCAAUUGGAGUUUUUAUUUUGAGAAAGGAAAAUUGCAAUUUGUGAUUUUUUUUUACAACUUUUGUCUGCAAAACAUAAUUUCAAGACUGAAUUUCAAGAUCUAUUUAUCGAGGUAGUCACUGGUGUUGCCAUAAAGAUAAUUCUCUACAAUAAGAUGAGACAAAUGAGAGUAUUGUGCUUUAGGAAAGCUAAACUGCAGUUUCCAUAUCCAUCUCAAAUCUUUGUGCAAUUUAUACCCUUUUAUAAAAUUCAGACCUGUGUAGGAACCACGUCAUGGCUGGGAGGGACACUAGAAAACAAACUGCUGCUCUCAAUGUUAUUAAUGUCUGAUGGUCUGUCCCAGAAGAGCUUUUUACCUGUUGUACACACUCAGGAGAAACAGACUGUUCCAUAUAAAUGCACUCUAUUACAUGCUACAACACUUGUACAUAAGUUAAGCGUUUGUUAUCACCGUCUUUGUGCUA